AUGGCACCUUUGGAGAAAUCACCUAUCCCGCAAGACAGUGGCUUCGACUUCGUCGGCCUCAAAAACCUCCGCAAUGACAUCUAUCCAGCCAUAGAUGUCUCGAAAUCCUCUGGCCUCCAGCAGCCUGGAAAAGUGGUUCUAAUUACCGGUGCAGGCCGUGGAAUCGGGCGAUCAAUGGCCAUCCAAUACUCGUAUGCAAAAGUCUCCGCCAUAGUCAUCUGCGCACGAACAAGAUCCGAGCUUGACGAGGUCGCCGAUCGAGUGAAAGAAACUAGCAGCGCUGUCACUAAGGUCAGCGACAAAUUCGGCCGUCUUGACAUCCUAAUCAACAAUGCCGGCCUCUCGCGACCCAGGGAGCCGGUCGGCGAAACAGAUCCGGAGGACUACUGGCAGGUGCUAGAAGUCAAUCUUCACGGAUCGCUGUUGCUCACUCAUGCGUUCUUGCCUCUCCUGCUGAAGACUGCAGAGAGGCAAUCCUCACACGUCAACAUCAUUAAUGUCACCUCCAUUGGCGCGGUCACCGUUUCGCCAGGAGGCAGCUCGUACUCGCUUGCGAAGUUAGCGCUACAGAAGUUAAGCGAAUUUGUCGGCCUCGAGUACAGUGCAAAGGGAGUCAAUGUUUUUGGUAUUCAUCCUGGCGGUGUGGUAACCAAGUUGGCGAAUGAAAUCAAGGAGAUCAAGCACCUCUUGACCGAUGAGCCGGAGCUUUGCGGUGGAUUCGUCGUGUGGCUGAGUAACCAAGACAGAAGAUGGCUAAAUGGAAGAUAUGUCAGUGCCACGUGGGAUGUCGAAACAUUAGAGAGCAUGAGGGAAGAGAUAGAAGAGGGGGACAAGCUGAAGGUGAAGAUGGUUGUCUGA